UAUAUUUCCGCCGGCAUCGACAGAAUAGCGGCAAGAAACGAAAAUACACCGAAAAUUAUCCACAGCAAUCUGUACAAUCUGUUAAUUUUAUAAUGGCAGCUCCUAAACCAAAAAGUGAGAUGACGCCAGAGGAUAUGGCAGCAAGGGAACAAGAAGAAUUUAAUACUGGUCCAUUGUCAGUCCUUACUCAGUCUGUUAAAAAUAAUACACAGGUUCUCAUAAAUUGUAGAAAUAACAAGAAAUUGUUGUGUCGUGUGAAGGCUUUUGAUAGGCAUAAUAUGCAUUGUAAUAUGGUUUUAGAAAAUGUGAAAGAAAUGUGGACCGAAGUUCCCAAAACCGGAAAAGGAAAGAAAAAAUCUAAACCUGUGAAUAAAGACAGAUAUAUAUCAAAAAUGUUUUUACGUGGAGACUCUGUUAUUCUGGUGUUAAGAAAUCCAUUGGCAACAGCAAAGUGAAGUGUAAUUUGAGGGGUUCUAAUACCCAUAACAGACAUGUGUAUACUUGAUGUAAAUACUGAUUCACAUGGCUUUCAUCUUUGAUCAUGAUUAUUGGUGAAAGAAUUGUCAUAAAAUGGCAUGUAUUACAGUUAACACCAGCUGUGUUAUUUGAAAAGUCUGGCUUUGAUACUUCAUGAAAGUUUCUGUGGCUUUGAUUCAAUACUUCUGUUAAUGAUAGAGGUGAAUUUUGGUUUAAAAGAACACAACAGUCCAAUAUAUUUACUUCAUUUAUAAAACAAGGCAGAUAUGUCCUGGUUGGCACAGUUCAAAACAUUAUUACCUGCUGUCUUCAUUCAAAUUGUAAUAGAAAAUAUUCAAGCCAGACUUGUAUUGUGAUUCAUUUUAUUUUUGUAUAUCCACUUUAAAUCAAAGCAAACCAGAGCUGGUUGUUUUUUUUUUGGUAUAAAAAAAACCAUCCAGGACCAUUUGAUUUAGUUCAAUUACCAUGGGUUCUAACCAAAAAUAACAUGUUUAUGAUUUGCAUUGGAUCCAAAUGGGCAGAAAUAUCUUUGCUUGACUUGGCCAAAAUGUAUUUUAUUAUAUACAAUCACAAAUUCCUUGUAAAAUGCCUUUAUUCCAUUAAUGUACAGUAUAUAUCUCAGUCAGUUUUAUAUAAAUAUUGUGUAGUUUACAAAGUGUUAAUACAAUACUACAGACUCUU